AUGAGAUUCUUCAUCAUCCUUCUUUUGGCUCUUUUGGCUUUUACUGUUCUUGGUAAGUCAAAUAUGUAAAAUAACUGUAAAAUGACAUUUCAAGUAUUAAAAAAUAUAAUUUAUAAACUACCUACUUGUACUAUAACAAUGGACUUUAGGAGCCGCUCACCACGGCAAGAAGCCAGCCCACCACCCUCCAGCCCACAAAGCUCCUGCUCACAAAGCCCCAGCCAAAGCCGGUACUAAAGCUCCAUCUGGAACUGGUGCCACUUCAGCUGCCAAGACUACUGGUGCUGCUGCGGCUGCUACUACUGCCAACGCUGCUUAA